AUGGCACACGCUCUGCGUAAGAACUCCAAGGCCCCCGAAACUGAUGGAGCCCGGGAGCUGCGGUCGAAACUCCGGCGAUCCUUCCAAGCAGAGCUUGUGAAGCUCACGAGCGACAGCUCGGUGCGCAUAAACUGGACAUUGAACCAUUACCGCCAGUACGCUUAUGACACCGUCGUGGCCCGGGCUAGAAGCAAUACUGGGUCAGAUGCCUCCGACCUGCAGGAGAAGGGAGAGUUACUGGAGUAG